GGGGCCCUCAGAAUCGUCAGGCCGAUGAGGUGUCGGUUGCGGUUGUUAGAGAAGGAGCGAGGCCUCGGUCCGUAGCGUGGGGGAUGUAGCGCUCCUUUCUGUCCCUCCCCGGCAGUUCGAUGGAGGCUUUGAGGCCCUUCGCUGAGAGCUGUUCUCUUGUUAUUUUGGACUGUGAACGUUUGCAGGGACUGGAGUGCUUUUCUUGUGGCACCUUCCUGCCCGGGUGAACGCUGUGCGAGGGCCGAGUGCCUUCCUCAGCAUGGUUCCCCGUGCGACAGGCGCAGGUGUGCAGGGAGAUGGCACGGAGUGACAAAAAGGUCUUAAAAAUAACAGAAAUAACAUCUCGCUGUGCUGUGGGGAACCUUGCCUCGGGAAAUUAAAAGCUAACCGGCAUAGUGUGUGAGAGGCACGCGUGCCUGCUCUCAGCCAGCACAAAAAGCUGCUUUAUAUGUGCUGCUGUUGUCAGCCUCAUCUCUUUUCCGUCAGCUGGGAGUCUAAAAGAUAUUUCGUCCCCUCCUUGCCUUUCACAGCGAGAUAGAUCAGCAUCUUUCCAAAGAAUGGGGCUGCAGCUGGAAGCACCACGGAGUUGGCAGCAAGUGAAAACGUUCUUCUGUGAGGGCAGAGUAUGUUUGUGUGAUCUGCAAGGGAAGUGGAAAUUUUCCUUCUGCUGUGGAUGUGCUCACGUUCGAGAAGCAGAAGGUUCUGUCAGCUUAGCGUGAGGAAAAAUCAAACACUUUUUGACUCGGUAGUUUGUCCUUUUUUCUCAGCCCCGUUGCUUCUUCGGUCUAUUAAACGUUCCCAUAGCAUAGCAAGGAUGGGAACAAAUAAGGGAGGAAAGGGACAAAAGGAUGAGCUGCUGCUUGACCAGGUGUGACUGGGGAGAGGCUCGUGCAGAGCCUGCACCUUGGAAAUGGGACACCUGAAGGCUGUGUGAUGGUGCACUCCAAAGUGCCUAAUCUCUGUGGUUCUUGUUUGAAGUGACAUGCACUGUUAGCACACAGAACGCAGAUCAUGCUGUGUUUGUGAAAGUGAUGACUUGUUUCCCAUGGAAUUUGUUGUAUUCGAGCUCUGUUAUUAGUAACAAAUUAUUCUGGAUAUGUAUUAAAAGCAAUUACUUGGAGAGUAGCAAAUGUCGAGUUUGUGUUUAUUUCCCAGGGAGAUGACAGCUUGUCUGUGAUAACCUGUGAAUCAGAUGCAGAAAUGAAAUUAAAGAAGAAAAUUUUUCACAAGCCUCCAAAGUCACCAAAGUCUCCGUACAGCUCUAGCACACAACUGUAUCCUAAGAAAGCUGCAGUUUGGAGAUCUCUGCAGGGAACAGGCAACGCACAUUUUGAGAGUGCAGCUAUGAAAAACCCAAAGCAGAUGUGGCUGGGAUCACUGAAACAAGGAAUGAGCCAUUCCCUGAAAUCAGAUGUUGACAUGGGACAUAUGCAAGCUGGCAUUUCUAGUAGCACUCCAGAGUAUUUGAAGGAAGCUCUAGGAAUGAAGAAGCCCAAACAUUCCCGUUCUUCUACUAAUGGCUACAUUCCUGGAACUCCUGACUACAAGGAAAAAGAAGAUAUGUAUGAUGAAAUCAUAGAACUGAAAAAGACAAUACAAGCUCAGAAAAUUGAAGGAAAUCGUAUGAAAACUAAGCUUCGUCGACUAGAAGAAGAGAAUAACAGAAAGGAUAAACAGAUUGAACAACUGUUGGAUCCUUCCAGGGGCUCUGAGCUGGCACGAUCUUUGUCAGCAAAGAAGUCUGAUAACGGAUGGGUGGUUAAUGGAUUAAAACAGAAGAUUUUCAAGCUAGAACAACAGUGCAAGGAGAAAGACAACACUAUCAACAAAUUCCAGUCAGACAUGAACACCACUGAUUUGGAAGAAAUGAAGAUAGCUAUGGAAACCUACUGUGAGGAGGUUCAUCGUCUGCAAAUCCUCCUGGCAAAAUCUGAGACUAUGAAGAAAAAUGCAGAGGGCAGAGAUACCCAAAAACGACUGAAGGCACUGAAUGCUGCUGUCCUGAGGUUGUCCCGGAAUAUCAAGGAAUUGCAGAAUGAGAAUCGGUGUCUGAAAGAAGAUCUAGAUCGCAUAUUGAGCUGUUCUCCUGCAUCCAGUAAAACAAAAAAUUAUAGUGAAUGGAGCAGGCAGAGCCUUAUGAAGCGGAUUUUGGAACUAGAAAAGAAAGUAGGUGACAUGGAGAGCACCAGAGUAUUGUCAGCAGAUAGUGAGUCAACACAGUUACUUGGUGUGUCAUCUUCGUCUUCUACAGACCCAAAUCAUCCAGCCUCUCAACAGGUAGAUCAUGUUGAGGAGUGCCAUCGUCUCCGAGGGCUAGUAAAGAAACUGAAGAGUGAUAGGAGUGCUCUUCAAAGUCUUCUACUUAGUAAAGAGUAA